AUGGAUAUGGAAAAUUCAGCAAUACUAAAUGAUAAAUACUCAUCAGAAAUUCCAAAAAAAAGCAUAAAAGAACUUGAAGCAAUAAGAAAUGCAAAUGAACAAAACGAAAAUUAUAUAGAGGCUUGAAAAACACAUAAAGCUAUAUUAGAGCGAAUAAAAGAAGAAAAUAGAAAGCAUGAGGAAACGUUAAUAGAGCAACAAGAAAUAAAUCAUUAUGAAAUGAUAGUUGAUUUUAAAUCAGAAUACGCUUUAUUUAGAGAUCGUUGAAAUGAAUUAAUUUCAGAGAAUUAUAAAAAAUUCAAAGACGCAAGAGAUAAAGCCAAAUCAGAUUUCGAAAAAGAGCUCCAAUCAGCCAAAGAGCAACUAGAAAAAUCUAUACAAAUUAUGCCCAUUUUUUCUGCGGAAUUAACAACUUUAAAAAAUAUUCAAAAUGAAAUGGCCAGAAAUAAAGAAUAUGAAAUGGCAGAUAUCAUAAAACUGUAUUUAAUUGAGUUUGAAAAUGAAGAGAAAAGAAACUGAAAAAUGAUCAGGGAAGAAGAAAUUAAAAUUAAAUUAGAUGAGAUGAAAGCUAAACAUAAAAUUGGCAUGAAAAAUAUCGAUUUUUUAGAAAAGACUGAAAUGGAAAAAUUAAAGAGUCAAAGAUAUAAAGAAAGGAUAGAUUUAAUAAAUAAAUACCAUUAAAAUUAGCAUUACUUAGAGUAUUUAGCGUGCUUCUUUGAUUCUGCAGGGUGAUUUAGUAAUUUCACAAUGGCUCACCCCAGUAGACACAAAUUUGUGGCAUCACAGGGCAUUUCCGUCAUCACCAUUUUUAUCGGUUUGUCGGACUAUCCUAAGCAAGUGACAGCCAGUUAGCUGCCAGAUCUCACAGGCUGCGUUGCCUUGCUCAAAACUUGACUCCUGCGCGUUGUGCCGCCUGUGGGUCUCCUUCCUCGGGAGUGUCAAGCAGUAAAACCCAGUGCGCGCCAAACAUCCAAGGAUCAGGCCAGGAGGCUGUGAGCCCCUCCAGUUGCUUACCUUAUAUAGCUGGAUAAGGUCUCACUGGGAAAACUGAACCCUAUAAACCUCGGAGAGGAAUUAUCUUGACGACUCCAUUUUAUUAUUUAAAAGUAAAUAUCAAAAAGCCAAAGGAAUUUAUGAAAAUGCACACAGAUUAAUAGCUUUAGAAAGCUUUAACAAAAAUCAAUGCACUCUUGCUCUUGGUUAUAUAGCAGCAAUAUUUUUAAUUAUUUUUAUCUUGAAUCUUUAA